GUCGCGUAGCAACCAAUUGUAGUUAUUAUUAUUAUAAAACAUAUCUGGCAUUUGAAAAAUAUUCAUGAAAAUUAAUCAUUCUGCAUAGUUUCAAUUUAAAGUACAUAAUAUAAGCCUCAAUAAAAUGUCGGAUUCUGACGAUAUGGACUCAUGUGAUUUUGCACAUAUUUCGGAUGCAGACGCUGGAUCAGCUCUUGAACCGGAGCAAUUGGCACUUCUUCCACCUAAUCAUCCACUAUUGCGCAAAUUUCAACAGUUUUUUAAGGAGCAUCUUUUACGAACAAAAUAUGAAUUGGAAAACGAAAUCGCAGAAAUAAAAUAUCAAGUUAAACUGAAAGAACAACGGCGAGAAGAGCAGGGGUUGGCGUUAUAUGAUAUGCAACAAAAAAUGGGAUUUCAAGAAGAACAAAUUAAGGAUAUAUCUGCAGUUAUUGAGAAACAUAUUCAGAAUCGCCAAGUUGAAGAAUCAAUUGUAACUACGCUAAAAAAAGAAUACGACGAAAAAAUAAAGCUAGCUAAAUGCUUUAAGACUAUGUACCAAGAACGAAUGGCAGAACUUGAACAUUUACAAAGUUUGGGUAGUAAUAUAAAAAAAUUGGCUUUUGAUGUCGAAGAUGAAGUUAAAAAUGCGAAACGUAUUGUAAGCAGAGAUUCACAGCUGCAAAAUCAGUUAUCUCAAGAAAAAAGAAAAUCGGAUAUACUGCAGUCUGCGCGGAGUGCUACUGCGGAUAACUGCAGUCAAUUUUCGAUGAAGAAAUUCAUAUGAAAGAAGUUGU